CGUACUCAAACUCAACAAAAUAAAAAAAACCUUAGCAACGUGUAAUGAAGUUGGCUUGGCUUUAUAGCUCCGACUCGACUGUGGCAGACUUGACUGACUGACACGAUUAACAUACAACUUUCGUUGCUUUUAGUUGCUUUUCACGGUGUAGUCGCGUAACAUUAAACUUUUCAGAGAGCUAACUAAUCAGUCAAAGUAGGUUUUUUUUCUUUGAACGAAUAAUUUUAAAGAAAGAAAAAACAAUCGAAGCGGGCGGUUUUUUCCAUGACAUUCGAAUGGAUACUCGAAUUUAAAUUUUAUCCUUGAAAUGUUUUCGUCUUUGUUCCUAAUUUAUACAAUUCAGUGCAAUUAGAAAAUGUGAUUUCAGUUUUCUAGUGACCAAAAGCCCAUUUCUCGUUACCAAACUAAACAAAAAUGUCUGUGAUUUACCCAACAACCAAGUCGACAACGACGAACUCAGUCAUCGACGAUGAUGACAACGACAAUGAACCCGUGUCUCUGGAAUUCAUUGAAGAUCCAUACAUACCAAAGCUGGACAACUGCCUUACUCCCUCCCUAGAUGAAAUAACUGACUAUGAUGAUCAGAGCAAUAUCAUCAUUGAUGCCAAUGGAAAUAGUAAUUCUGCAGCAAGUAUCUGUGAUUGGUCCGAAGAGACUGAAAUGUACUUGAGAAAUCUCACCUUAGACCAGAUCUUCUACGAUGCACAUAGUGACUUUGAUAGUCUGGUCGAAUAUCAAAUGGCUGAGGCUGAGUUUGGUAUUAAACAUCAAAGUGCUACCAACAAUACGACGACGACCGCAUCACAACCACAUCAAAUGUCAAUUGCCAAGCGAUUUCGUUUAAAGUUCCUUACUAAGCGUACGAUGCGCGAUGUUAAAGUAACAUUUAUAGAUUUUUCCAAACCCUAUUUGGCCAAAAUCUCGGGUAGUGAGAAUUAUAAAAAGUUUUUAAAUAUUGGUAGUCCAACAACGGCAACGGGGACAACGACAACGACGUUGAUGUCAGAUAAUACACAGAAAAUGUCAGAGCCAGCUUCUCCAGCAUCUGUUGCAUCAGCAGAUAUUGCCGCGGAAUUUGCUGCUCUUACAGUUGAAGAACAAGAACAGCAAAGAGCUCAAUGGACUCAGGAACUCGCUCAAGUCGAAGAAGAAAUUAACACUCUUCGUACAGUGUUAGCAUCAAAGAGUAGACUUGCUUCAGAUCUUAAACGUAAAUUGGGUAUUACCGUGUGGAAAGAACUUACUGAUGACAUGAACUCAGGAAUUAAAUCGGUUAAAGAAAGUUCUGUUUACCAAACUGUUGAGAAAAAUGUGGGAGACAUUGCUAAAGCUGUUCAUGAUGCUCCACUCUACCAACGCACAGAGUCUGUAUUUAAAUCAACAGCCGAGAAGACAACAUCUAUAUUUGGUGACAUCACAAGUGGCAUUACAUCCAAAUUGUCCCAAAUGAAGAAUUCCGAAUCGAUGCGUUCGAUUGAAGAACGUGUAGGUUCGGCCUAUGGCAAUGUCAAAACAAAAGUAACAACAUCCCGAUCGGGUUCGAUUGCAAGUUUCAACGAUGCCUUACACGACAAUAACACAUCAUCGGGAUUGAACUCACCUACAGAUUCACAAGGAAAACAAUAAAAUUUAAAUUAAAAAAAAA